AUGCCUUCCGAACAGUCGAAUCACGGGAUCGAACUCUGUCGGGCAACUGGGGAGAUGUGUCACCUAUGCUUCGACGCCUUGACCGCUCAACUCAAAGGAAAAGCUAUCUCGGGACACCAUUCGAACUUUCCCAACUUCUUCUGUCCGUUAUUUGUUUCCUGGGAAAGGUUGUCGCUUCAAACCUCGCCGAAACUCCGAGGCUGCAUUGGAUCCUUGGCGCCACGAUACUUGCAUGAAGCCCUCGUAGAAUAUGCUUUGCAUAGCAGUUUGAGGGACGCGAGAUUUGAGCCAAUUCAAUACUCAGAAAUUCCGCACUUGAUGUGUAAGGUAUCCCUGCUACACUCCAGAGAACUUGCAAGACACUGUCUCGACUGGAAGAUCGGGGAACACGGAGUAAUUCUCAAUUUCAAUGACCGGUCGAAUAGGUUGGAUCCGGAUGAAAAGUGGAGUGCGACGUAUUUACCUGACGUGGCUGAGCAACAAGGAUGGUCGAAACAGCAAACAGUCGAUUCCCUCAUAAGGAAAACAGGAUAUGCCGGUUGCAUUACUGAUCAUCUGAGGACCUCUCUCACAGUAACGCGUUAUCAAAGUUCGGUAACCAAAGUAGCCUUCCAGGAAUAUGCAAGUCAAUAA